AUGUAAUAAAAAAUUGUGUUUGAUACCCAAAGCUUAUCUCAAAUGUAAAAGUUGAUCCUUAUAGAGAUGUCCAGAAGAAUAGAGGGAAAGCUACAAAUUAUUAGGAUAAAAAUUAUAAGAAGCAAAGGACUUUGAAGAUAAAUUACAUCAUAUGAAUGAUGAAGAUCAUGAAUGGGAGAAAUUAUAAAUACAAUUGGAUUGUACACCUCAUAAUAUUAAGAAUAGCAAAUAUAUCAUUGGUAUUUAGUUGUAAAAUCAAUUUAGUUAGACAUGCUUUGGCUUGGCAUAAUUAUUUUAAGAGAGCAACAGAAUUUAGGGAUAGAAAUAUAUAUAGUUAUGAAUUAAUGGAUCCUCCACUUCAUUAUCUAGGCAAAAAAUAAUGUGAAAAGAUGAGACCAGAAAUCAAUUAGAUGGAAUUUGAUAAGGUUUAUAUUUCACCUCUCUUAAGGUAUUUAAAUUAUUUAAAUAAAAUAUAAGAACUAUUUAAACAGCCUAAUUAUUGUUUUAAGAUCACCCUUAAAGAAAUUAAAUAUAAUUUAUAUUGUGUCCUCACAUAAGUGAAAAAAUCAGCAGUCAAUAUUCAAUUUAUAAAUGGGGAAAUCUUACCAAUAUUUUAUAAGAUGUAUAAAUUAAUUUAAAUAGAAUACAAACCCUAUUAAAUUUGAUAUGAGUGAAAUGCCAGAAGAAUAUGAAUUCUGGUAAUUUAUGUUAAUUGGAAAAUAAGAGAAAUUAUAAGGUUUAAAACCAUAUAAAGAGGAUUAAGAACAAUAUUUAGUUAACAAAUUUGUUAAAAAAGGUAAAAAUAUAGCUUUGGAAAAAAAGAAGCAUGCUGAUAAAAGAGUGAAAAUAUUUUUGGAGAAACUAAAGAACAAUUAAACAAAUGCAAAAAUUGGAAUAGUCUCUCAUUCAUAAAUAAUUAAAAUAAUUUUAUCUUUAACAAAUAAAAUCAUAGAAACCAAAAUAAGAAAUGGAACAGUAUUAGGAAUCAAUAUAUGA